AGGGCAGGGGAGGAUGGCACUGUGCACAGUUAAUAGUUGGAGAGAGGGGACAGUAUGUUGCAGUUCUGUAUCAUAGCUUUGUUUAAAUCAAACCUUAAUAACGAUUACGGGCGAGUGAACACGUGGCAGGACGGAUGAGCAAAUAAAAGACUAGAGGGCAAAGCUCCGUCGCGUUCCAGCCCUCUGUUACGGCCAAAGAACGAGCGGGACAGCCAGCCCCGGGGGUGGGGCGCCUCCAAACCCUAAGCCAACGAUAGAAAGACAGAACUACGAAGCAAUGUGGAAAGUGCUGCUCCUGUCAGUCGGCCUCGCAUUGCUUUCUCAAGGGAAAGAUCAAGUCUCUGGCAAGAAAAUUUACGCACAUGUUAGAGGUACUGAGGACAAGGAGCCGAGUGAGUCCUCAGCCCUCGGCAGAAUCCUGAGGAAAUGUAGCAAGGAGAACCCAGUUUCCUCCCGGAGGACGUUGGCACUGUGCCUGAGGAAGCAUGGGGUGCCGCCGGGGAGAGAGCGAGGAAGAAAGGGCUCAGUGAAAAGGAAAGGAGAGGCAAAGUGCGGGAAAACUUACAAGCUGAAGAGGGGAGCGAAAAGGACCUUCCGAGUCAAAGGAAACGAGGACUUUUGCGAAGCUGUCUUUGAGCCAAGAGGUAAUGCGGAGUUGCAGUUACUUUGCAGGCAAUUCGAUCUCUCCGACUGCGACGAAGAAUACCUUACCGUUGCUGACCAAGACUCUGAGGAGAAGUUUUGUAAUAACGAAGGCCCUGGGAAGCGAAAGGGACUGGAGACUGUGCGCCUUACGUAUCAGAAAGUCAGUGAAGUCAUUGAUAAGACAAAUAUCUUCUGUGUCGUCAAAGGUGUGAAAGCUUCUGGCGGAGGAGGGAGCAGCGAUGCAACACAGGCAUCUGGAUGUGAGCAAG